GAGUGUGAUGGUGAAAUAGAAAUAAUAAUUUACUGAAAUUUUUAUUGGAUUUUUUUUCUCUCUUUUAAUAAAUUAACCGAAACAAAUCACUUUUUCACAACCUACGUGUGCGCUCUCGAACUUAACCAUGGACGCUGGCGGUAAAAUUGGAGGCAAAAUCGGCGGGAAAGUCGGUGGCAUGGGCAAAGGCGGUAAAGGAAAAACCGGAAGUGGAAAGGGUAAGAAGACACCGAUGUCUCGUGCUGCAAGGGCGGGAUUACAGUUUCCGGUGGGUCGUGUUCACAGGAUGUUGAAGUCGCGUGUGAGUGCUGACGGUCGUGUGGGAUCAACAGCGGCAGUGUACGCCUCUGCGAUUUUGGAAUACCUCACCGCUGAGGUGCUUGAGUUGGCAGGAAACGCCUCGAAGGACCUCAAGGUCAAGCGUAUCACGCCACGUCACUUGCAACUGGCCAUCAGAGGAGACGAGGAACUCGACACACUCGUCAAGGCUACCAUUGCCGGCGGUGGAGUCAUCCCACACAUCCAUAAAGCUUUGAUGAAUAAAGGACCCGCACCCGUCCUCGUCAAACCGCCGAAACGUCUGUAAACCCACACCUCACAUUUAUACGUUGAGUUGUUCGUUCAGGUUGAUGCAAUUUACUCAUCACUUCAAUACCCUAAUCUAAUACUCAUUUAA